ACCAAAUGCAAACAACCUUUUGAUCAAUCUCAACUACAGUAUAUCAGUAAUUAUGUUUUGACGACUAUUACGAGAUAUAAUACCAUGAAAGUGGAUGAAUGAGCGAGAAAUGGAUAUUAGAUGCAAGUUGCUCAGCCAGGCAGUCGUGCCCACAUGUUGAUACCCGCCGUUCGCUGUUUUCAUCAAGAAGCGGGGGAACCAUGGGGUCCUGGGGCCACGGCCUGUGUGUGGUUUUGUGUUUCUGGGGAACAGUUAGCGGGAGCAUGCUUCAGAGUCGCACUGUUGGCCCGUGUACUGUCAAUACUGGCACGGCAUCAUUUAACUGCAGUUGGAGGAAACUGGCUCAUAUUCCAACAGAGAUAUGGGACAAUGCAACCACACUGGACCUCUCCCAGAACCACCUCAACUUAACUAACCCUCAACACCUCAGACAACUACAGAGGUUGGAUCAGCUGGUUACCCUCAAUCUCUCAGGCAACUACCUCCCUCUGCUGGGGAAAGACAACCUCUGCAGCCUCCCCUCCCUGCAUACACUAGACCUCAGUGGCUGCCAAUUGACUUCCAUAGAGGCUGGAGCUCUGCAGGGUUUACCCAGUUUAGGGAAGCUGUUUUUGGGGCACAACAGACUGCAAGUCCCCCUGUCUGUCUCCACUCGAGAUAUAGUAACUAUAUCCAUCCUGGAUCUCCAUGGGAACCAAGAGCUUGAGCGUGGCUCUGAUGAUUUGUCGACAGGAAUCAGAAGACCAUCUCAUAGAAAACUGUUGACAAAUGACCGUGAACAUCCCACCACAACUCCAACUAACACAAUGACUACAGCUAAUGGCACAGAGUCGCCUGGUCAGAGCCGCCCCUCCCACAGUUGGCAAUAUAUGGUGGCAGUCCUUGUGACGGCCAUCUCCCUCUCCCUCCUCAUCGCCAGCCUGGCCAAAUGCCAGCUGGUCCGCCGCUACCUAGCCAGCUAUCGCCACACCCGUCUGACCGAGCAGGACACAGCCAGCCAGUGUGACCCCAACAGUCUGGAGGUGGGCUUCUCUAUGUACAACCAUGGGGGACAGGCACAGAGCCCCCACCCUGCUCCUGUCCCCCAGGGAGAGAUGGACAUAGAGGAUGAGGAAGAUGAUGAUGGCUUCAUAGAGGAUAACUACAUACAAGCCAGCGAGAGGGAGAGGGCUAAGAGGGCACUUGAAGUGGAGGAAGAGGAGGAAGAGGAUGGGAUGGACUUUACCAUUGGCUAGGAAGAAAGGGAGAAGGUGGAAAGAGAGGGGAGAGAAUGAGAGAGGGAAGAGAGCGAGAGAGAGGUCACUAGCCUAUUUGGACACUGAUUGGGGCCAAUGCAGAUAUUAAACAUAAGCAUGUCUAUUUCCAUCAUCUUUAGAGGGAAAAAACAGUCACAGAGACAGAUUAAUACAAAACUGACAUAAGCAAUAACUCAAUUUAGCUCCGCAAUAGUGCACCUUUGCCUGUGUCUUUCAAUGGAUUUCAAAAUUGGGCUGGCUGUUUGUACGGACUUUGUUAGAAAUUUGUUAGAAAAUUAUUAUUUAAUGUGGGUCAAAUAAUCAAUCAAUCAAUUUGUUUUUGAGUUAGAUUUUUCUAAGUUCCAACUCAGUUUUACCAAUGAAUUUGAUGUUGUUUGGGUGUGCCUGCACUCCAUUUUGUUACAUUUGUAGAUAAAAUAAAACGUUUUCAAAUUCAA